AACGUAGUAAAGCACAGCGGUCAAGUCAAACAGUCCAUGGCGCUGACAGCGCUUGCCUGGCCGCCGCUCGUGCCACCGACGUGCACAACAUGUCAGCUCGAGGGCAGGCAUCGUUUGCAGGGCAAGCACUGUAUGGUGGGUGUGGUGCUGGCAACUGCUGCCUUGCCGGCCUUAGCCUUGCAUCGUGUGAGGAGAACACCGCGCCGAAACAUCCGCAUGUAUGCAGAGUUGGCUCCAACGGACUUCUACGGAUUGCUUGGUUUGCCGCCAUAUACAGCAGACAAGAAGGAGAUUAAGGCAGCACAUCGGCGCACAGUGAAGCUUGUGCACCCCGACAUUUUGGGUCCCGAUUCUGGGGACUUGCAGGCCAUUGUCAACACUGCUUAUCGGACGCUGAGUGACGACAACCAGAGGGCUGAUUAUGAUACAGUCCUCCGGCGCAGCAGGCUAUCAAACCUGGCUGCAAGUAAAUGGGCAAGCCCCAAGCUUUCCGAAGGGCUCUUUGUGGACGAGACGGUGUGCUCUGGUUGCCUCAAAUGCGCGACCACAGCACCAGGCACUUUCGAGGUUGAUCCACGCACCAGGAGGUCACAUGUCUACAUGCAAGGAGGCAAUGAUGGCACCGACUUAGAUAUUGCUGUGCUUGGCUGCCCGGAGCAGGCUAUUACAAAAGUACCCAGAACAUGGAUACCACUGCUGGAGUAUGCCAUGGCAAAAAGCAAGUCUUUACAGGGGCGGACAAAUCCCUUUGACCUACUGGCUGCUGCGCACUGCCGCAUCGUUCAACUGACUGAAGCUCAGGAGCUGGGUGAUGCACCUGUGGAUCUUGAGCUGAGAGAGGAGUAUGGAGACAUGACGACAGCAUUGAAGGAGGAUUUUCGUGAAGCACGAGAGAAGAUCCUGCUGAAGUACAGCAGCUGUGAUGAGGAAAAGAAGCGAGCAGCUGCGGAUAUUAUUGCAAAGAAUGGGCGGCCUGUGUCUGAACUAGGCGAUGAUGAUGACUUAGGAGUCUUUGUGGAUGAGACUCGCUGCUCCAGAUGCUACAAGUGUAUUGAAGUUGCUUCAUCCACCUUUGGUGUCCACAGGAGCCCCGAGCGAGGAGAGAAAGCGUUUGUGAUCAUGCAGGAUGCGGAUGCGUCUGAGAUCUUGCAAGUGGCAGUGCAAGGUUGUCCUUCUCGUGCAAUCUCCUUUGUCAAAAAGGCAGAGGUUCCUUUGCUCGAGCUGGCGAUGCAAGAAAGUGUACGACUAGCUCAAAACUCUCGAGUUUUAAAGGGUCCUUGGGAGAUCUUGCAAGAGUAUCUCGUCGAAGACAUCAUAAGGCUGGAUUUAGAACUCCGAGAUUUCAAGCCAGCACAAAGCCGCAAAGAUUUGAAAGCCCUCGCAGUGACCAAAGACACUGCGGAUGAAAUCUCUUCCGCUGCAGAAGCCAUUCCAGAGGAUGUUCGCCAGCGUCUUUGGAGGGGGAUCGGUGGCGACCAAUCUGCUGUGAAGGAACUGGAGGCAAUGGCAGAAGGCUCGGGAGGGGCUUCACCUUCACGCAUCUCCAUGAAAGCUGAGCUCUUCCAACGCUUUGAUCUUGAUGGCGACGGUUUCCUCUAUAGUGAGGAACUGAAAAACUUUGCUGCCGUGAUGGGUUUCGAAGGCAACGACUCUGAGUGGACGCAGGAGUAUGUGAUGAUUUGUACAGAAGUUGGUUGCAACCCAACAGAGGGUUUGGACUUUCGCGGUUUUUCUCGCAUGGUGGAUGACGAGGAGGCUGGCUAUUUGGAGGAUGAAGAGAUGGCUGAAAUCUUGAGUGGAGCGUGAUUUUUCGUGGGAUGGUUAGAACAGCUCCUCCCAUGGCAAGCUGUCCUGAAGCUAGUGUGCAGUUCGCAAAGCACUCUGCAAGUCAUUCCUGCAAUUGAAAGAACGACUGACGUUUAGAGACUCAACAUCAGCUUCUUCAAGCCUGUCACUCAAUUCUUGUUGCAGGACCUGAUGUAGAAGGCGGGGAUGAAAUCUGCUGUGAGCAGCAAUAUAAUAUACAGUCCUUUCAUGCUGGCAGCACCACAUUCUUGCAGCCGGAGGCCCUGUUGUGCAGCCGCAGCC